AUGCCCGGAGCACCUGUUACAGCCGACAAUUGCAACGCCUGGUGCCCGUCGGUGUACAGCGAUAACUGUAAUGGUAACCCGGUAACAAUAUGUGCCACCAGUGCUCAAGCGGCAGCCAUGGUAGCACCAUCGGGUACGGAAUGUCGGGAAACAUGGACGUGCCCGGCAGGAACUAUGCCAUAUUAUUACACAACCAUUAAUCCAUCACCAACUGGAUAUCCUGCUGGUGGAUACGCCCGGUGUUUUCCUCCUCCAAACAAUGGGUGGUAUCUUCCCGAUGGUAUCACUAUGAUCACUGGUUUAGCAUGUCAAUCACCGUGA